AUGGGCGGUGGGAGCAAAUGGAGUAAAGCCAAGAUGGCUCUUGGGUUGAAGCUUAAUACGUGUCUUUAUGUGCCAAGAACCAUAGAGGACACGCCUGUGGUGGCAUCACCGCCACCGCAGCCUUCAGCUAGGAGGUUCUCCGAUGCAGUAUCUUUGUCUCCAACGCCGCCGCGAAAUUCUGAUUACGGCCGGGUUCAAAUGCCGACCACUCCGACGCCGUCUUCCUCCGGCCUCCUCUUGCCUAAACACUCCUCCAAAUCUUCCAAGAAAACCUGUGCAAUAUGCUUGGCGUCCAUGAAACCUGGCCAUGGCCAUGCCAUUUUCACCGCAGAAUGCUCCCACACAUUUCAUUUCCAUUGUAUUACUUCUAAUGUAAAGCAUGGAAAGCAAAGCUGUCCUGUUUGCCGAGUGAAAUGGAAAGAAAUCCCUUUUCAGAGUCCUACCACCAAUAAAUCUCAGGGAGUGAGAAUAAACAAUGUUUCUUUGCCUCAAAAUGAUGCUUGGACGGCUGUUCAAAGACUACUCCCCCCUCCACGGGUAGACAUUAAUCGGCACAUUACUUCACUUUUUAACACGAUGGAACCUGGCGUCUUUGACGAUGAUGAACUUAUUAGUGACCAACCUACUGUCACUGACAAAACCUCAACCAGUAAUGACUUGACUGUUGGCCAUUCUGCUGGAUUUAUAGAGGUUAAAACUUACCCGGAAGUUUCAGCUGUUCCAAAAUCAGUGUCCCAUAGUAACUUCACAGUUUUGAUUCAUCUCAAAGCUCCAGUUACUUAUGGAUUACAACAUUCUGGAAUAUGCGAGGGUGGCUUGCCAUUACAAUCUCAAACUUGUCGCGCACCAGUUGAUCUUGUGACCUUGCUCGAUGUUAGUGGCAGCAUGGCAGGUACGAAGCUUGCUUUGCUUAAACGAGCAAUGGGGUUUGUGAUUCAAAAUCUAGGGCCUUCCGACAGGCUUUCAGUGAUUGCCUUCUCCUCCACUGCUCGUCGUCUCUUUCCUCUUUGUAAAAUGACCGAUAAUGGAAGGCUUGAAGCAUUACAAGCUGUGAAUUCUCUUAGUGCGAACGGCGGGACAAACAUUGCUGAGGGCCUUAGAAAGGCUGCCAAGGUGAUGACUGAACGUAAGUGGAGAAAUCCUGUUAGCAGUAUUAUACUGUUCUCUGAUGGGCAAGACACUUAUACUGUUAGCAGGCCUAAUGGUGGCAAUACUUGUACUGCUAAUCCAUCACUGCUCCCAGUUUCCAUGCAUCUGAAUGAGGAUUCCAGUCUCAACAUUCCUGUACAUGCAUUUGGAUUUGGUGCAGAUCAUGAUGCAGUCUCAAUGCAUUCUAUCUCAGAAACUUCGGGGGGAACAUUUUCUUUUAUAGAGGCAGAGAAUGUAAUUCAAGAUGCUUUUGCACAAUGCAUUGGGGGGCUUUUGAGUGUUGUUGUACAGGAAUUACAUGUGGAAGUUGAAUGCAUUAACCCCAUGUUGCAAAUCAGUUCAAUAAGAUCUGGAAGUUAUAUGAGCAACUUGGCAUCGGAUAAAAGAAAGGGCGUUAUUGAAGUUGGAGAUCUAUAUGCUGAAGAAGAAAGAGAUUUUCUUGUAGCAAUUGAUAUUCCAGUCGAUGGAUCAAAUGAUGAGAUGUCACUGCUAAAGAUUAGAUGUAUUUACAAGGAUCCCAUUUCCAAAGUUUUGUUAACUCUAAAUGCUGCAAAUGACGUCAAAAUUCAAAGGCCAAUCCUAACUGGACCAUUAGCGAUUUCCAUGGAAGUGGACAAGCAGAGGAACAGGCUCCAAUCUGCAGAAGCCAUAGCAGAAGCUAGGGUUGCUGCUGAACACGGUGAUUUCGCUGCUGCUGUGUCUGUCCUAGAGAAUUGUCGUAGAAAAUUAUCAGAAACUGUAUCAGCACGAGCUGGUGACAGAUUGUGUGUCUUGUUGGAUGCUGAAUUACGGGAAAUGCAAGAGAGAAUGACCAACCUCCGUGUUUAUGAAACGUCUGGAAGGGCUUAUGUUUUAUCAGGAUUGAGCUCACAUUCUUGGCAGAGAGCCACUUCACGCGGUGAUUCAACUCAUAGUAUGAGCCAGGCUUAUCUGACUCCUUCCAUGGUUGACAUGGUAAACCAAUCGCAGACUAUGUUGUUUGGGAGUCCGUAUCCUCGAUCUCCAAUGCGGCCAACACGGUCUUUCCCUGCACGACCACAGCCAAGGUGA